UCACGUGCUCGCGUGACAUCACAGGUCGGUGCAGCAGCCGGAUGUGACGCUGCGUAGCGGCGGAAGUGCCUGAGUGUGUGUGUGAGUGAGUGUGUGUGUGUGUGUGUGUGUGUUGACGGAGCUGAAGCCGAGGCCGAGCCCGAGCCCGAGCCAUGUCCAGCCUGGAGAAACAUUUGUUUAAUCUCAAGUUUGCUGCAAAGGAACUUUCCAGAAGUGCCAAGAAAUGUGACAAAGAAGAAAAAGUGGAAAAGACCAAAAUUAAAAAGGCAAUUCAGAAAGGCAACAUGGAAGUUGCAAAAAUACACGCAGAAAAUGCAAUCCGACAAAAGAAUCAGUCAAUUAACUUUCUACGAAUGAGUGCCAGAGUGGAUGCCGUUGCAGCACGUGUACAGAGUGCAGUUACAAUGGGCAAGGUAACAAAAUCAAUGGCAGGAGUUGUAAAAUCCAUGAGUGUCACACUGAAAAACAUGAAUCUGGAAAAGAUAUCUUCGCUAAUGGAUACAUUUGAACAACAGUUUGAGACAUUAGAUGUCCAGACGCAGCAGAUGGAGGACACUAUGAGCCACACCACAACACUAACCACACCUCAGCAACAAGUGGAUUCGCUGAUGCAUGAAAUGGCUGACGAAGCUGGCCUUGAUUUGAACAUGCAGCUUCCUGAAGGACAGAGUGGGUCUAUUAGUGCCAGUGUGACAUCGCAAGAGCAGGAUGAGCUUUCACAAAGACUUGCACGCCUCCGGGAUCAGGUAGAAUGAUGAAGAAAAGUUCUGCUAUCUUGGGAAUGAUCUGGUUUGCUAUCUGCAUUUCUUCAUACAGACAAGGUUAUCUCUACACUGUUGCAUAGCAUACUGAGAUUUUAUUUGCAAUAUAGUGGCUGGUAUUCUCUCACCAUAAGUGUCAAAACUGUAAAAACAAAUCUGUAGAGUGGACAAUAUUACACCUUAAAUCACUCGCACAACACAUAGCUUUUCUGACUAUCUUUGUACAGUGCAUUUUAAAGUAUAAACUGGCAAUUAAAUUUUUUGAAAAAAAUUCACGUGCACUUUUCUAUCUUAAAAAAAGUUGUCUUUGAUCUCACCAGGGGCAUGUUUUUCUUAAAAGUGUAUUAUUUUGCUAUUAAAAUUGUAUCUAUUAAGUAAGCUGCAGAUCACAUCAUGAAUAAUACAAAGGUUUGGGUUCAAAGAUGAUUGACAAUAUUUUUUGUACAGUAGCUUGUUUAUCCUAUUUUCAUCACGUGGCAAGGCGUUUUGUUUUUAAAUCUUUUAAGUUGACUCCUGGAUAACUGUAUUGUGCAGCUCCUGGAAUGUUUUCUGCAAUGUUUGAGCAAUUUAUCUAUUUAAAUGAGACUAACAAAGAUUGAUUUUUGUGGGAUGUGCUGGGAAUGGAAGGACCUCACUCUGAACAGAGUCCCACUUAGGGAUUGCAAUCCCAGGAUUUCGGGAGCACCUAUUAGCAUAAGGAAUUCCUGGGAUCCUGUUUGGUAAUGGUAUUCCCCAAAUCCCAGGAUUGCAACCUCUAGUCCUACUGUCUGUGAGAUUUAACUGUCUUUAUGGGAUUUUCUUGUAAAUUUGUUUUGUUUGGGGCUCCUUUUGUACUCCGUAUCCCACAAUUAAAGGUUCUGUGAGCCAAA